AUGCAGGUGGCUGUCUCAAAGUUCUCCGGUUCUGCAAAGGAGAAUCCAGAGACCUUCAUCCGCACGGUUGAGAGCGCGAAGGGCCUCUACAGCUGGAGCGACGCCCAGGCCAUGGCGUUCGCCGGCCUCCAUCUGAAAGGGAAGGCGCUGGACUGGUACAACAUUCAGGAGCCCAUGACUUGGCUCCGCUUCAAGAAAGCUUUGAUUGGACGUUUUGGACUGGAGCCCAGCAGGAUGCUGGCAGCCCUGACCAAGCGGAUGCAGGGAGAGAAGGAGAGUGUGCGUGACUACGCCGACGCGCUGUGCACCCUCGUGCGGCACUCCCAGGACCCCAAUCUACAGUCCACCUUGCGGCACUUCUUCAUGAGUGGUCUGAGAGAGGACGUGCAGAGCUUUGUGAAGACUCGCCGUCCUGAGACCUUUGAAGCAGCAGUGGCCGAAGGGGAGUAUUUUGAGGACACGAGUCUACAACAAGGGGUGAAUGGUGCACAUCCAAUUAGAAGCUGUCAGUAUGACUUUGAAGAAGACUUGCGGCAUGCCAUCCACAUCCUGGUCAGGGGCUCCAGCUACUUGCAUAUUGAUACAGAUCUCAGCAAGUAA